AUGUUGGACAAGGCUUUCCUGGUAGACGUUGCGAGUAAAAUUUAUCUCGCUACCGAUUCCACCCUCGUGGACAUGCAAACAUACGAGUUGUGUUGUGACAUGAUCGACGUUGUUCUGGACAUCUCCUCCAUUUACACGCCCAACACUGAACUCCGGGACCCUCCCUUCUCGGAGAAGACUGCGGCGACAAUUGUCCUCAGUAGUGACACCGUUCUCUACCUACGCGGAAUCAAUCGCUACAUGGCCCUUCUAUACUGCAACGUGGCAGGAGGUAGGAACAAACCUGUUGGACCAGCGGACUCUGGAGCUCGUAUCAACGUUCUAUGCAAAUCUUGGGUUAAAACACGGGAAUAG